GAUCCUUCUGACCCGGCCUCUCGGAAGACGCGUAAGGUUAGUCGCGCUUGUGACUUUUGCAAGUCCAGAAAGGCAAAAUGCAGUGGUGACCAACCGUGCGCAAAAUGCAUAUCAAGAGGCCGGGUAUGUUUGUAUGAAGCAAAAUAUACUCGCGGUAUGCCGCCUACGCCCCCUCCAUCAUCUGAUGUUAGCCACCGGCGGUCUGCAGGUGGGAGCAGACAUUCUUUAACAGAAGGCUUCACCAUCACUGAAGCUGUGUCCUUCAUACCAAACUCUGGCGGAACUCCCAAUGAUAAUGUGCCGUUAGACCAGCCAUCUCAACGACCCGGGGGGGCAGCUGCUCCCUCCCGCGCAUCUCCGGAGCUGGGAAUGGCGGAAAUUCAAGGCCAGGUAUUUGAUCCAACGUCAAGCUUGGCCUUUCUUCAUCGAGCAUCAAGGCGCCUCUCUGCCCAAGGGAGUAGCCAGGGAAUUGAUGAUUCUCGAUCGCUGGCAGAGAACCAACUAGUGUAUAUGGCAGGAGACAAGCCAUUGGCAAUUGAAAGAGAGGGCAUUCAGCAGCAGCCCAGUCUACCCGAUCCAGAGGAAGCUAGGGCUCUCUUAGCCCUAUAUUUCGAUGUCUGUAUCGCGACUUACCGAAUUUUGCAUCGUCCAUCUACAGAAGCUUGGCUGAGUAUUAUGGAGAGCAACUUAAGAGAAGGGGUGGCUGUAUGGCACACUAUCAGUCGUACCAAAGCAGCUAUUAUAUACGUAAUACUUGCAGUUGCCAAGUUCCAUCAAGAGAAGUCCAAAGGAUACCCUACCAAAGACUGCCAGGCCCUCCGCUUAGGCGAUAUUCUAUUCCGCUUCUCGAUGCGACUUACGGAUGAGGAAACAGGCUUUCCCAGACUGGAGUCAGCUCAAGUCCGCAUCGUCCAAGUGCUAUACUUGCUCACUACCUCUCGCUUCAAUCAGAGCUGGUACAUAUUUGGAAACGCAUUGCAGCUUAUAUCUGCCCUUGGUUUGCAGCGGCGGGCAGAUUGGAGGAGGAGGCAAAAGCCGGCCGAUUACAUUGAAAAGCAAUGCUCUCUUAGAACAUUUUGGACCGCAUACGUUCUCGACAACUACCUUGGGGUAGUGUUUGGACGGCCACGUCAUUUCCACGAUGACUAUAUCGACCAAGAACUACCAGAUCGGAUCAACGAUGAAGACAUGUCAGUAGAUGGCCCUGUUGGUGAUCCCGAUGAUCGACGCGGGUGCCAUACUGACGCCCUAGUUUUUCAUGCACGGAAUUUUAUUAACGUGUAUAAUUGCAGUAUUGCUAAGAUAAUUGGGGCCAUCUCACAAGAAAUGUACACUGCCAAACAUACCUCUGAGAUCGAGAGGAUAACCGCAGCUAAGGGCUUAACGCAGCGUGUUCGAGACUGGCAUCAAAGUCUGCCGGCUCAUCUGGGCGCAGUUCAUCCGUCCAUUUUGAUUCCAAGCUAUCGAAGACCUGCUUUGGCUCUUGGCCUGGCUCAUUCACACGCCAUCAUGCACGCCAAUCGCCUGUUUCUUAUGCGCUCUCCAGCCUCUGCCUAUUUAACCCAAGUGAGCGAUUGCAUCAAAGCCGCCAAAGAUGUACUGGAGUCGGUGGAUAGUAUGGCACGUGGAAGCCCUAUUUUCCAUGCCUUCUGGUGGACUCACUAUGUCACAUUUUGCGCACUUGUGGUAACGUAUGUGUGGGUGAUGCAGCAACAUCGUAUGGGAGCUACCGACGACCCUGGUUACAGGACAAGAUUGAUGCAACUGGCAGAGAGUUGUCAUGGCCACCUUGCUCGAGCAACCGCUUCAAAUUCUCCCAGUCGGCGAUACGCAGUUAUUCUAGAAGGGUUUAGA